GCCGCCAUGACCGUGUACAGCUGGGGCCGCGGCGAGGACGGCCAGCUCGGGCUCGGGGACACGAGCGACCAGCACCGCCCCGUGCCCAUCGACGCGCUGGCCGAGCGCCGCAUCGUGCAGAUCGCGUGCGGCAGCGGCCACACCGUCGUGCUCACAGACGAAGGAGAGGUGUACACGUGGGGCCGCGGGGACGACGGCCGCCUCGGCCACGGCGACAACGGCUGGAAGUUCGUGCCGCGACUGGUGGAGGAGCUGCGCGGCAAGAAUAUCCGCCAGGUCACGUGCGGCAGCUACCACACGGCCGCCGUCACAGUCUCGGGCGACCUGUACACGUGGGGCGGCGGCAUGUACGGCAAGCUGGGCCACGGCAACGAGACGGGCCACUCGACGCCCUUCCUCGUGGAGACGCUCAAGGGCAUGCAGGUGCGCCAGGUGGCCUGCGGCAGUCGCCACACUGUGGUGCUGCUGGAGAACAAGGACGUGUACACGUGGGGCGACAAGGAGAACGGCGUGUCGGGCCAUGGAGACACGGAGGGCCACCAGUAUCUGCCCUGCCCGGUGGAGGAGUUACGGGGCAAGAACAUUGUCCAGAUCUCGGCCUGCGGCUUCCACACGGCCGCGCUGAGCGAGUUCGGAGAGGUUUUCACCUUUGGAGAGGGCAAGUUCGGCCGGCUGGGACACAAUUCGGAGCGCAAUCAACCCGUGGCUCGUUUUGUGGAGGCCUUGGCGGGCAAGCGCGUCAAGCAGGUGGCCUGCGGAGGCUUCCACACAGCAGCGGUUACUGAGACGGGAGAAGUAUAUACGUGGGGUGGAGGAGAGCACGGCCAGCUCGGACACGGCGACAAGGUGAACAAAACUGUCCCCACGCGUGUGGAGAGUCUCGUCGAGAAGCUGGUAGUGCAGAUCACGUGCGGAUGGAGCCAUACGGUCGCGCUCACGGAUACGGGCGAGGUGUAUACGUGGGGAAACGGAGAUCAUGGCAAGCUGGGGCAUAACGACACGACCAAGGUGACUUUGCCCAAGCUGGUGGAUGUACUGGAGGGGAAACGCGUGAUCAGCGUUGCUUCUUACAACGAACACACGGUUGCACUCGUGGACCCCGUGGCGAUGCUACGAGCCUCUAUGCUGACAUCUUCGUACGUUGGAGACAUGCGCCAGCUCAUCGACAGCGCCGAGUUCUCGGACGUCACAUUCCUGAUUGAAGGACGCGCUGUCCACUCCCAUCGUGCCAUUUUGGCCGCUCGCAGUGACCACUUCCGCGCAAUGUUCUCGUCCGGCAUGCGCGAGUCUCACGAGCAGGAGAUCCCGCUCAUGCACACUCGAGUACCCGUGUUCCUGGCGCUACUGGAGUAUAUUUAUGUGGACUCGAUCAACGUCGGCGCGGAGAUGGCGCUGGAGCUGUACGCCGCUGCCGAUCUGUACACGCUGGACCGCCUCAAGGGCCUGUGCGAGAUCAUUGUCCAGAAGAACAUCAACGUUGAAAACGCGGCCGCGCUGUUCCAGAGCGCUGACGACCUGCACUCGUACCGCCUGCGCGAGAUCUGUCUGUCGUACAUGGUGCUCAACUUCGACAUGGUCACAAAAUCCGACGGCUUCGCCAGUCUAUCGCGUGACCUUAUCCUGGAGGUGUUGCAGAAUCGGUAG